UUGAGGCCAAAAUCGUCUGCGGGAUAUCGCACAGAGUAGACAAAGAUAGGAGAUAUCCAAUUCCGUCCUCUUCUGCCUGCUCCUUUGUCUCGGUUGUUCCUCUCACGUGAAAGCACACUUAGAACUACAGAUUUUACGCCUCCCAACAUAUUGAGAGUUCCGUAAUACCUACCUGAUCCCUCCUUGGAUGAUGGCUCUUUGUAAUAGCUCCUUAAUAUAAAAAGCAUCCAUCGCCCGUAAUGCAGAGCUCUAUCCCUGCCAUAACGGCUAACCAAGCCAAGAGCAAUACUCUAUCCGAAUCACAGGUCGCAAACCCAAACUGCACUAAGCUAAACACCGUUCUAGCACUACACAAUCAUGAAGUGUUUCAAGACCCAGGCGGAGAAGGAGGAGGAGCUCGAGAAAGCGGGAGAAUGGCUCAAAGCCCAGCAGAUGCGUCGUGACCAGAACUCGCACUUCCUGCGGCAAUUGAAACUCGCCACGAAGGAGCUUAGGUACAUCAAGCUGAAUAUCCGCCAGCGGACCCUUGUUCAACGGGAAAGUGCUUUGAAAAGCCAGAAGCACCGACUAUGCAACCAGGAGCGGUCCCCAGUGUCGAGCGAGAAGAUAGAUAAGAUCAAUCUUGAGUUGGCGAAAAUCAAUGAGCAAUAUUGGCAGUUUGAACGGGACGAUUACGAGCUGCUGAUUCAGAUCCCCGACGGACCGCUCAAGCGAGGCAUCACCUCUACUCGCAGUCGGGAGAAUGCGCAUAUGACCGAAUGGUUGAAGCAGGACUGCGCGGCUCGAGGUGGCUGCUGCAGUCAUUCCUGUGGCUGCUGCGAGAAACCGAGAAGCGAGACGCGUUCUCCCAACCGAGGACAUUGUACCGCGGCGUGCGAAUGCUGCGAAGAGAGGCGCGGGUUUCACGUGGAUACCAGCCAUGGAGAAGAUCCUAGUCAGCCCUGGGAUACUCUAGGCCCUCUUAGUGGAGCAUCGUACAAAGCGAAACUCGUGGAUGCGUACGUCUUUGGGACUAUCUGAGAGAGAAAUAGACAGGGUGGCGUAUCGUGGGUUACAGACCGGCAAUUUGAUUUAUUUUGGGCACUUUGUUAUAUUUUGC